AUGACUUUCAUAUCUCCACCGACUCCACUUAGGGUUUGCGCUUGGUCUACACUAUGUAAGCAGCUUCUUGCAAGACUUCAAGCUCUCAUACCCCUUAUUACGGACAUCUGCCGCAUCGCCGGCACACCGGGCCUGUCGCUAGGAGUCCUCCAUCAUGGCCAGGUUGUGUAUCAGGCUAAUGUGGGUUUCCGCAAUGUCGAGGCCGAGCUCCCCACGGACAAUGACACGGUUUAUAUGAUAGCAUCCCUGGCGAAACCACUCACAGCCGCGAUGGUGGGGAUCCUGGUCGACGAAGGAAAGCUAGAUUGGACCACACAAUUGCAGGAUGUGGUUCCCGAGUUUCAUCGGCAAGAUGCUGCCAUGAAUAUCACAGUCACCGACUUGCUAUCCCACCGAACCGGAUUGCCUUCAUACGAUGCUCUAUGGCUGCUUACGGACAAUAAGAUCUUGCUGGAUCGUGCGGAUGCAAUCUCUAUUCUCAACUAUGUCCCCGCCGCAAUGCCGUUGAGGACCGAGUUUGUCUAUAACAACAUGGCUUAUGAAGCCUUGAGUCAGAUCAUCGAGAAGGCAUCCGGCACCGACUAUGCCUCUUUUUUGCGAGAUCGCAUCCUUGAACCGCUUGGCAUGUCGCAGACAUUUCAUCCCCACCCUCCUAUGGAUGAUGCGAAUGUUGCGGUGCCAUAUACUGCUCUAAGAAAUGCUACACCCUUCCAAAUCCCGCAACCUCUAUGCGACAGGAACAUACUACUAGGACCCUCAGGUGGUAUUCGAAGCUCAGUCCGCGAUAUGCUCCUCCUCUACAAGGCCUUCAUAGACGCUGCGCGUGCUGAAUUCGGCCGUUUUGCGACCACCACGGUUCCGCAGAACCCUCUCAAAAGGAUGAAGUAUCUUUGGCGAGGAAUGAUCAGCCUCUCUGUACCAACUCUCCGUGAGUACUCCUAUGCAUCAGGAUGGUUUCGGGCGCAGCUCCCGGCGCCACCGCCGUUAGUAUACGACGACGGGCCUGGCAUCAACCCCUUAAUUGGAGAAGGAUUGCCGUCGCGACUUGCAUUACUUCACGGCGGAUUCUUUGCCGGAUUCACAUCCUGGGCUGCUGUCUUCCCAGAAACCGACAGUGCUGUGGUUGUCCUCUCGAAUUCCAUGCCACUCGCCGACACUACGCGACUCGUCGGCCAGCUCCUUAUCGAGGAGCUUUUUGGCAAUACCAUCAACAAAACUCAAUACAUUGAGUACGUUAAAUCGACAUCGGAGCGGAUCGGUUCCUAUAUGUCGCGCAUCAAAAGCGACCUAUUGCGGCACAAAACAGUGGAGACACCUGCCUAUCCAUUGCAGGCAUACGUGGGGACAUACUAUAACGCCGUUGGUAAUGUCUACAUUGAGAUCUGCGAAACACCUUCUGGCAGACUCAGGAUGUAUUUUAUGGGCUCUGCUUCCGAUGGGUUUGACCUCAAGCCAUAUCAGCAUAACAGCUUUUUCUGGUGGAUGUCUCACGACGAGAUGGCGCAGCGGUCACGUUACACAACCUGGCCGAAAGAAUAUUACAUUAUCAAAUUCGAGCAUGUCGAUGAUGGGAGCGGUGCUCGUGGUGUUUUUGGAUCCCCUAUAAAUUCCCUGCGGUGGAAGCAUGAGUUUGCGAUCGAUGAUGAUGGGGAACUGUUCCAAAAAAGUGAUUAUGAAGAAAUGAGUGGCUUGUAUGAACAGCAGCAAUCUCUCUUUGGUUAGAUCGGAUUGUGACCUACUGUGAGCGAAGCAAGGAGAUUCAUUUGAAUUGGAGUGUGAUUGCGCUAAGCUAGAGAAGCUGCUAUUGGAUCUUCAGCCCCGGUUAAAUAUAUUAUGCUAUUACGACC